GUCAUUUAACGUCUUGCUUGACCUUAUAAAACAAGGUUACCGUACCGAUUCGAGCCCUAGGCCCUAACUAUUUCCAUCCCCAAAAUCGAUAUCUUCAGAUUACUUGAUCCAUCAAAGCCCUCUCCGAAAAUCCCUACUUUCAAGUUUCGAUCCGAUCGACGCUGCUGUUGUUCCUUCUGCCGAUUACUGAUAAAGGAGAAAUGCCAUCGCAGAAGAUUGAAACUGGCCACCAGGACACGGUCCAUGAUGUGGCCAUGGAUUUUUAUGGUAAGCGUAUUGCUACCGCCUCAUCAGACAGCACAAUUAAGAUAGUUGGGGUGAGCAACAACACACAUCAGCAUUUAGCGACUCUGACAGGUCACCAGGGACCAGUAUGGCAGGUGGCUUGGGCUCAUCCAAAGUUUGGCUCUUUACUUGCUUCUUGUUGUUAUGAUGGACGUGUGAUUAUUUGGAAGGAAGGCAAUCAGAAUGAAUGGGCUCAGGCUCAUGUAUUUGAUGACCAUAAGUCAUCUGUUAAUUCAAUUGCUUGGGCUCCUCAUGAACUGGGACUUUGUUUGGCAUGUGGUUCUUCUGAUGGAAAUAUAUCAGUUUUCACAGCAAGGGCAGACGGGGGCUGGGAUGUAUCAAGGAUUGAUCAGGCUCACCCAGUGGGGGUAACAUCUGUUUCAUGGGCUCCAUCAACAGCACCCGGUGCUCUUGUUGGUUCGGGUUUGCUGGACCCUGUUCAGAAACUUUGUUCUGGUGGGUGUGAUAACACUGUAAAGGUGUGGAAACUCUACAAUGGAAUCUGGAAGAUGGACUGCUUUCCGGCUCUCCAAAUGCAUACUGAUUGGGUACGGGAUGUUGCUUGGGCACCCAAUUUGGGGCUACCAAAAUCGACCAUUGCAAGCGCUUCCCAGGAUGGGAAAGUAAUUAUAUGGACAGUGGCCAAGGAAGGGGAUCAGUGGGAAGGUAAAGUAUUGCAUGAUUUCGGUACCCCUGUGUGGAGGGUGUCGUGGUCAUUGACUGGAAACAUAUUGGCUGUGGCUGAUGGGAACAACAAUGUGACGUUGUGGAAAGAAGCUGUAGAUGGGGAAUGGCAACAGGUGACUGUUGUUGAGCCAUAAUCUUCUAAUUUUUUUUAUUGUAAUAUUUGCAAUGUUUUAUACAGCUGCAUGGUUGAAUCGUUUAUGCCUGGAAAUUCUAGAACCGAAUUUUUCAACUUGAACUUUUUAUUGGAUGUAGUUUGCAGACCCAUCAUGUUGUUGUUAAAGAAAAUUAUGAGCUACUUGAAAGAGUUAAUCUUUUACUUA